GCUGCUGAAGUGCAGUAUAGAUCUGAAGGGUAAAUGUGUAGGGAACCACAGAAAGCGAUUCGGUCGUAUCCGAGAAGGGAACCAACCUUUUCCAGUAAGAAAGUGGGUUCUACCUGCCUUUCCUGCCUGUGAGAUCCUUUGUGAAUGAAGGGGAACACGAGAAAGGGCAGUUUAUUGCCACAGUGAUUCAGAGAACGAGGCGCUGCCGCUGUGCACACUGCUGCUGCUGGUGUUGCUGGUGCUGCUGGUACUGCUGCAGCUCCACGUAGCAGACUUUAGUGACCCAAUCAGCUGAGGAUUGUGGUGAAUGAGGCCAUCUAAGGGCUGAACUUCACUGAUAUAAAGUCUUGGAGGAUGUGGCAUCAUAUUCACAGACAGUGAGGAGUUCAACGAAAAAAAGGCAGAGCAGCAUGCAGCUAUCCGGAGGGUGUUGAUUGAAACUUAGGAUUCCCCCUCAGAUCACUGUUGAUUGGACUGAUGCUCCAGCAUUACCAGAGAAAAGAUUUCAAUUAAGGGCAAGUCUGUUCUAUUGUUACAAACAGAAUGAGUGAGUGUAAGCAACUUCAAGGUCCCUUUAGAUGGAAUUUAAUGCAGCAAAAACCUUGUCAUCAGAAGGAUUAAUACCUGCGUUAGUAUUUCUGCAAUAAAAUUAGAAGCUAAGUUGUGAAGGCCACAGACACCUCAAACCUGGAUUCAUCUCCUCUGCGUUAAGUGCUGGAGUUUUUAUUACUUGCUGUAGGGAAGACAUUGCCAAUGCUUACAAGAAACUGCUUAUCCCUGCUUCUCUGGGUCCUGUUUGAUGGAGGUCUCCUAACGCCACUGCAUCCACAGCCGCAAGAGAUUUUAGAAGCAGAGCCAACAGAAAAUGUUGUCCCACUGCCAGGGAGAAGGUCAUCUGCUCAGCGAGUCAAACGAGGCUGGGUGUGGAAUCAAUUUUUUGUGCUGGAGGAGUACAUGGGCUCUGAACCUCAAUAUGUGGGAAAGCUUCAUUCUGACUUGGACAAGGGAGUCGGCACUGUUAAAUAUACCCUUUCAGGAGAUGGUGCUGGCACGGUUUUUACUAUUGAUGAGACCACAGGAGACAUUCAUGCCAUAAGGAGCCUAGAUCGAGAAGAAAAACCUUUCUACACACUCCGGGCUCAGGCUGUGGAUGUUGACACCAAGAAACCACUAGAGCCUGAAUCAGAGUUCAUCAUCAAAGUGCAGGACAUUAAUGAUAAUGAGCCAAGGUUUCUGGAUGGGCCUUAUGUUGCCAGUGUCCCAGAAAUGUCUCCAGUGGGAGCGUAUGUGCUUCAAGUAAAGGCAACAGAUGCUGAUGAUCCCACUUAUGGAAACAGUGCUAGAGUGGUUUACAGUAUUCUGCAAGGGCAACCAUAUUUCUCCAUUGAUCCCAAGACAGGUGUAAUAAGAACAGCUUUGCCAAACAUGGACAGAGAAGUGAAAGAACAAUAUCAAGUUCUAAUCCAAGCCAAGGACAUGGGAGGACAGCUGGGAGGACUAGCUGGUACUACCACUGUAAACAUUACUCUCACAGAUGUCAACGACAACCCGCCCAGAUUUCCUAAGAGUAUCUUCCAUUUAAAAGUACCUGAGUCCUCUCAUGUUGGUUCUGCUAUUGGACGGAUCAGAGCUGUGGACCCCGAUUUUGGGAAAAAUGCUGAAAUAGAGUACAACAUAGUUCCAGGAGAUGGAGGAAACUUGUUUGACAUCACAACAGAUGAGAACACCCAGGAAGGAGUCAUUAAACUGAAAAAGCCAUUAGACUUUGAAACAAAAAAGGCAUACACCUUUAAAGUUGAGGCCUCCAAUCUCCAUCUUGACCAUCGAUUUCACUCAGUGGGUCCAUUCAAAGAUACUGCCACUGUGAAGAUAAAUGUGUUGGACAUGGAUGAACCUCCAGUGUUCAGCAAACCUGUCUACACGAUGGAGGUCUAUGAGGACACACCCGUGGGGACUAUCAUAGGUGCAGUGACAGCACAGGACCUUGAUGCUGGCAGCAGCUCAGUUAGAUACUUCAUCGAUUGGAAGAAUGAUGUGGACAGCUACUUUACAAUAGAUGCUACUGAAGGAACCAUUGCUACCAAUGAAUUACUGGACAGAGAAAGCACAGCACAGUACAAUUUCUCUAUAAUUGCAAGUAAAGUUAGUAACCCACUAUUAGCCAGCAAAGUCAACGUUAUAAUAAAUGUCCUGGAUGUCAAUGAGUUUCCUCCUGAAAUUUCAGUUCCGUAUGAGACAUCUGUAUGUGAAAAUGCCAAGCCAGGACAGGUGAUACAGAUCAUCACUGCAGCAGACAAAGAUUUGUCACCAGCUGGGCAAAGGUUUUCCUUCAAAUUGUCAUCUGAGGCUUCCAACAAACCCAAUUUCACAGUCCAUGACUACAGAAACAACACAGCUGGGAUUGAAACCAGGAGAAAUGGCUACAGCAGAAGGCAGCAAGAGCUAUACUUUCUUCCAAUAGUAAUAGAAGACAGCAGUUACCCUGUCCAGAGCAGCACAAACACAUUGACUAUCCGAGUUUGCAGAUGUGAUUCUGAUGGUACCAUCCAGUCCUGCAACGUGGAAGCAAUCUUCUUACCAGUUGGCCUCAGCACAGGAGCGCUGAUUGCAAUCUUAUUGUGUAUUGUUAUACUUCUAGUCAUUGUGGUACUGUAUGUGGCACUACGGAGGCAGAAGAAAAAGGACACCCUGAUGACCUCUAAAGAAGAUAUCAGAGAUAAUGUUAUCCAUUAUGAUGAUGAAGGAGGUGGAGAAGAGGACACCCAGGCUUUCGACAUAGGUGCCCUGAGAAAUCCCAAAGUGAUUGAAGAUAACAAAAUACGCAGGGACAUAAAACCAGACACCUUGCGUUUUCCGCGCCACAGACCACCAGCAGAAGAUAACACAGACAUAAGAGAUUUCAUUAAUCAAAGGCUGAAGGAAAAUGAUGUAGAUCCAUCUGCCCCCCCUUAUGACUCCUUGGCAACCUAUGCUUAUGAAGGAAAUGGAUCUGUUGCAGAGUCUCUCAGCUCUAUAGACUCCCUUACUACAGAGGCAGAUCAGGAUUAUGACUAUCUGAGUGACUGGGGACCUCGCUUUAAGAUCUUGGCAGACAUGUUCGGAGAAGAAAGUUAUAACCCUGACAAAGUCACUUAAGUACAACUACAGCAGUGAAAUAAAAAGAAAAGUAAACCAACAACAAAUUUAAAAGAUAAACCUAAGCUUUAUAUAUGACACAAUUACUUUGAUUAUAAAAGACAGCAACUGUUUCCAGCAAGUUACUACAUUUAUCAUACUGUCAGUUUUGGUUUGAUCUGCAAAAGAAUGAUAAAUCCUGUAACAUACACAGGUUUUUGUUGUUGUUAUUUUGUUACUCUGGAAUUACACUGAGACAAGCUCAGGCCUUCAAGGUGCAGUUUACUGACCUGACUUAGAACGAAGAUAGCUUUCUGGCAUCAUGGUGGAAGAGUGGUAGCUUUUUCGUAAUUCCACUAAAGUGCCUAUUGAAACUUUUAUCAUUUAAGUGGUAAAAAGUCUGCUGUGGUGGUGUUACAAAACUGAAUUGGACACAAACUUUAAGACAAGAAGCAAUAGCAACGUGCUGACUUCUUUUAGAAAAAAAAAGGAGAUCACUUCCUGGAAUAUAUCUAAUGAUUUAAACUAAAGGGUGGGGCGGGAGGGUGUGUACAUUGUGUUUGGGAGUUAUGUUUGUUGAGGUUUUUUAAAGCAAACAGUAUGUCAACACAUCACAUUUCUUCUUCCAAAGUUCCACUGAAAAUUUAAACUUAAAAUGCUAUUGCUCACUCUAAAGAUGUAAAGCCCAAAUUAAAAAGGCAAAGAUCUUAGCAUACAUCAAUGAAUAUUUAAAAUGUUCAUGCAAAUAUUACAUUUUUCCAAAAUAAUAAAAAGAUGAAAGCAGCUAUUCCUUUAUGUGAAGGAAAUUUCCCUUUGUUCCCCCGCUUCUUUUAAAACAAGACUAUUAUUAGAAUGUAAAAGUGAAGAGGGUUUUUAAAGAGUAUUAUUUUUAGUACCAAGACACCUUUUCCCUUGUAAGUAUCACUAAAGAAGUACAUGUAAAGAACUCCACAUCACUUUUCUUUGCAAGUAGACUGUUACUCUGUAGAUACCAUAUGCAUACAUUAUAGACAUAGUUAUUUUUCCACUGAUCGUCUGCUACAGUUCAGUAUAUCAUUGUAUCACUACCAUACCCACAGGAAACAUUUUGGAAAGCCUUUUGAGGUUGGCCACUUUAUUAAUUUUAUUCUUGACAAUAUUUAAACAGAGGCAGAAUAAAAAUACAAACCAGCACAUUUGUCCACUCUUUAUGUACAUAUCCAUGCAUAAAUGUAGCUGUGCGGAUGACAGAACUUCAUAUACACACAAGGCAUUGCCCCUUGGAAGAUAUCUUGCAGAACUAUUUCAUGUGACUUUUUCUGAUGAUCUAAGGCAUAGACAUUUUGUAAGACAAUGGUUUAUGUCUCCCAAAGUGCAUAUAUCCUUAUAUUCUCCUUCUAAAGUCCCUGCAGUGCUAUACAAUCUGUUUGAGCUCUACUCAUGAUUAAUGGCACUGCCAAGGUCAGCCUGAGUCUUUCAUGAACCAGAAGUCUUUUAUUCACCUCAGAUCUACAGCUUACUUUUUGUACUGCUGAAGAAUUAAUAACUAUCAGACAUACUUAGCUCACAAGUCUGAUAUUAACAAACAGAAAUUUCCCUCUAUUCUCUUGGGGAAAAGUAAAGAUAUUUCAACAUUGUAUAAAUUAAUCUCCCAAUGAGACUUUGAAAGGUGUAUAGUUUAAAUAAAUUUUGGAUCAUCAAGUACAAUUGGACAGCGCUGCAUUAAAAUCACAAUUGGCUUAGCUUCUACCAGCAGAGUGCUGAGGAAGAGAUACAGCAUAUGGCAACAAGGAAGGUUUGUGGUUUUUAUCAUUAUCAGCAAAGGUAUCUUGUGUUCCGUGAAAGACAGACUAAACCAACAAAAACUCUCUCUUCACAGGACAGGGAGGCAGAUGAAGUGAUGGGGACCAUUUCCCAGCUUAGAAAUUUAUUGUGGAAGAUUGUGUUUUAAAUUUUUGUAUAUCCUGACAGUUUAUCAAAGGCAAUUUGAUAUUGCAGGGUGGGCCUAAAACAAAGCACUGGAAAAAAAAAGUUUUCUACUAGUUACAACUGAGAUUUGAUUCAUACAAGAUUCACACUACUGGAAGUAAUUAACAAUGCUUCUUCAUGUAGCAUAUGCAUAGCAAUGUUUUCUGUCCUUUUGCCAUAGCUAAAACAAACAUCUGAGUCUGCUCAUUUACAGAUGUGCAGCCCUGUAGCCAAACUCUACUCUGAGCAACUGUAUUAGUCCUUUGUAUGCAUUUUACUAGUAAAGUCAACAUAAGUGAGAGCAGUGUUUGACUUUUUAACAUCAUGUGGCCUGUUUGCAUAUGAAAUUCUAUGUUUUUGUAGUUGAUACUGGGUGAACAUUGGCUCUCUUGAAUAGGCUAGCAUUUGUUCUAAGCAAGACAGUCUGUAUGUGAACCUGACUUCCAAAAUGGGUAGACAGAAAAUGUGAUCUUAAACAUGCUGCUACGCAAAAUCUGUAUUUGAGAAUGAGUUACUGUAUGUUAAAUUAAUACCAAAUUGAAUAUCAAAUGCAUAUUUUUGACAUUUAAGAGGUUUGUAACUGAGAUGUUUCUAUCACAUAAUUAAUAAACAUCCAGGAAGAUUUUAGAAAAAAAUAGUAUGUAAUUACUAAUGCAAUUUUCCUAUAAAAUCAUAAUUAAAAUAUUUUAAGACAUUUUUUGAAGAAUGAUCAAAUAAUUUUAACUUAAUAGGGGUCUUUUUUGUAAACAGUUCUA